AUGGGAUUCCUGCCCGGAGCGAGCAUGCGGGCCCGGCUGCCUGCGCCCCUGCUCCUGCUCCUCGCCUCCCUCUGGCGGGGGGCGCCGGGGGCCAGCGAGCUGCGCUACCCGCCCGGCAAGAUAGCUGUUAUCGGAGCUGGUAUUGGGGGCACCUCAGCAGCCUAUUUUCUACGCCAGAAGUUUGGGAAAGACGUACGGAUUGACGUGUUUGAGAGAGGGAUGGUGGGGGGCCGUUUGGCUACUAUAAACGUGGAAGGAAAAGACUAUGAAGCAGGAGGGUCCAUCAUCCAUCCUCUUAACCUACAUAUGAAGCAUUUCGUCAAGGAGCUAGGACUUUCUGUUCCUGAGAACCGACAUGGCCUUCUGGGCAUUUACAAUGGAGAUGAAUUUGUAUUUGAGGAGAGUAGCUGGUACAUUAUCAAUAUUCUGAAACUUCUGUGGCAUUAUGGAUUCAAUCCUCUGCGAAUGAACAUGUGGGUGGAAGACGUCUUGGACAAGUUUAUGAGAAUCUACCGUUAUCAGUCUCAUGACUACUCCUUCAGCAGCACGGAGGGCUUGCUUCAUGCACUCGGAGGGAAUGACUUUAUCCAGAUGCUGAAUCGGACCAUUGAUGAGACUAUGCAGAAGGCUGGCUUCUCCCAGAAGUUUAUCUAUGAGGUGGUUACUCCAAUCAUGAGAGUCAAUUACGGCCAAGGUGCCAACAUUAAUGGGUUUGUAGGCGCGGUGUCUUUGGCAGGUGCUGACUCUGGACUUUGGUCAGUAAAAGGUGGCAACAAACUUGUCUGCACUGGCCUUCUUUAUGCUUCCAAAGCACAACUUAUCUCUGGCACAGUUAUCUCUAUAGAGGAGAGAACGCGGCCCAAACGCACAGGAGGUACGGUUAAGCUGUAUGAAGUGAACUACAACUCUGCAUCAGGGUCAGCUACAGACAUGUACGAUAUAGUUCUUAUUGCUACACCACUGAAUCGUAAAAUGUCCAACAUCACCUUCCGGAACUUUAACCCGCCUCUUGCACAGUUCUCAGACCGUUACCAUCAGAUGGUGGCAACUUUUGUUCACGGGCGCAUAAAUGCAUCCUUCUUCGGCUACAAGGACCCAUCCCGCUUUCAUUUAGCGGGCAUUUUCACAACAGAAAAUCCCAACCUAUUUAUCGACAGCAUAGGUGUUGUGUCUCCUGUCCAAAACACACACGAGGAAGUGAAGCAACCCUUGGGACCUGCCGUUUGGAAAGUGUUCUCGAAAGAACCUCUCACCAAGGAGCAGAUGAAUUUGCUUUUCUCAUCCUACGACUCUGUGAAAGAGAAGAAGUGGCUGGCUUACCCACACUACAGUCUCCCAAAGAAAUGCCCGCCUAUAAUCCUGCAUGAUAGAAUAUACUACCUUAAUGGCAUAGAAUGGGCGGCAAGUGCCAUGGAAAUGAGCGCAGUUGCCGCCAAAAAUGCAGCCCUCCUGUCUUACCAUCGCUGGUAUGGAAACGUGGACAUGAUCGACCAGGAGGACUUAAAUGAGAAACUCAAAACAGAACUGUGA